CAUACUGAUAUGAUAGAGAAACUAGUCACCUGCUAAACCGAAAAGGGAAGUAAAUUAACAAAUAUUACCAGUUUCAAAUAUUCGUGAUUAUUGGAUAUAGAAUAAAUAUAACGUAGAUAAUAUAAAAUUUACGCGAACAUUUUUAUAAUAUCAUUUCAUGUUAAACUUGUCAUGAACUGAUAAUCCUUCUCAGAAAACUUCUACUAGGAAGUAAAUAAACGUGUUUUCAAUUUCCUGUUUUCAAAAACGAAACAAGACAUACGUAAAUUGAUAUUUUCAUCAUGGAAUCUCUCAAAAGUGAUCAUCUUAUGGUUGUGGCCAUUGAUUUCGGGACCACAUACUCGGGAUACGCUUUCUCACUAGGUGCAGAGUUCGAAUCUGAGCCUACAAAGAUAUCAUCAAACAAGCCGUGGAUUGCCUCUCAAGGUCUUGUCUCCCAUAAAACGCCAACCUGUGUGCUGUUGAAACCUGAUAAAAGUUUCUUCAAAUUCGGAUACGAGGCCGAAGAUAGGUAUAACGACAUCGCAGACUUAAGGACCGGGGAACACAAACAAUACUACUUCUUCAGGCGCUUCAAAAUGAUCCUACACUCCCGACCGCAUCUCCGAAGAGAAACUACCAUUGAGGAUGAGACAGGUAAAACAUUAGAGGCGAUGAAAGUGUUUGAGCACGGGAUACGUUACCUGAAGGACCACGCCCUUAGCACGAUCAAUACCCAAGGGAAGCUGGUAGAUGAGAUGGAUAUACACUGGGUGCUGACAGUGCCUGCAAUAUGGUCUGAGGGAGCCAAGCAGUUCAUGAGGGAAGCAGCUCUGAAGGCUGGCAUCGAAACCAACAACUUGAGCAUUGCCUUAGAACCUGAAGCGGCGUCUGUUUAUUGCAAGUACUUACCUUCACACCAACUCUCCAAAGAACAGAUGUCCAGGUCCAUGUUCAAACCAGACUCCAAGUACAUGGUCGUAGACUUAGGAGGUGGCACAGCAGAUAUCACAGUGCAUAAGGUAGAAUCUGACGAUUCACUGUGUGAGAUACAUGGGCCUAGCGGUGGUGCAUGGGGUGGAACAAAGGUUGACGAAGCGUUUGUCAAAUUUCUGGCAGAAAUAUUCGGGGACGAAGUGAUGAAAUCAUUUCUUAACGACCACAUGGAAGACGCCAUUGACAUGUAUAGAGAGUUUGAGAUCAGGAAACGGAAGGUAAUGCUAGAUAUGUCAGAGACACCAAACAUGGCCAUUAAGAUACCAGUCGCCCUGUAUGAGUUAUAUGAAGAUAAGCACGGGAGAAAACUCAAGGAGGAUAUCAAGAAACACGACAAGUACAAGGACAGAGUUACCUGCCUUGCAGACAAAAUGAAAAUCGACUCGAAUAUAAUGAAAUCUUUCUUCAAGAAACCUCUGGACGAUUUAGUUGAACACAUGCGUGAUAUACUUGGAGAGAUGCCAGUCCGUGGUACAAACACAUUUAUCAUUGUGGGCGGGUUUGCCGAGUCUGGAAUAGUCCAAGAAACAAUCAAAGCCAAAUUUUCCAACAUGAGGGUCAUUAUUCCAUUCGAUGCUGGACUGGCCGUUUUGAAAGGAGCUGUCAUAUUUGGCCACGCCCCUAUGGUUGUGACGUCGCGGGUAUGCAGAAGAACGUACGGCAUGGCAGUAAGUAAGGUGUACGUGGAAGGUAAAUAUCCAGAGGGGAGGAAAGAAAUCGCAAAUGGUAGAGAAAUUGUAAGGAAUGUUUUUCACAAGUAUAUGGAGAUUGGCCAGCCAACAAAAGUCGGGGAGGCUGUCUCAACCGUGCCUCUCAGUGCAAGCAGAGGGCAGUCUCUGGCACGUGUCAGGGUUUUUUCAUCCAAAGAUUCCUGUCCAGAGUUUGUGACAGAUCGAGGAUGCAGCUACUUAGGGGAGAUAAUUGUGAACAUACCAGAAAUGGAACAGGAAGAAGGAGGAACAGUAGAUGUUAAAAUGACAUUUGGUGGUACUGAACUGACAGUCGAAGCUCUAGAAAAGAAAUCUAGGAAAUCGUACAGAUCCAGAUUUGACUUUCUUUGUGGAGACUAAAACUGACAGUGAGACGGAAAUCCAUGGUAAUACUGAUCAAUUUUAACAUUACUUUGAUAAACACUGUGAAUGUUUUGUUUUGUGAACUGUAUUGUACAGAGGGAUCAAUUGCUAAUUAAAGCAAUAUAAACAGACAAUAUAUUUCUAAAGCUAUAGUUCAUGCAUCCGAUGAGACUGGGGAAUUUAAUGCACUGAUUAAUAGCAACAUUUUGAUAGACAACAUUUAAUUUGUCAGAAUGUUAAAGAGUCGUGCGCAUGUUAUGGUAACAGAUAUGGUCACUUGUUGUAAACAACUAAAUCCUGUCUACAACUAUUUCGCCUGGUUUGCAUAUGUGUAAUAACAUUUUCUGUGAGUAGUACAUUUUCAUUUCUUCAUUUGGAUUCUGAUUACACACAGUAGGAAAACACAUGUAUGUUAUUAAAACAUGUUUAUGAGGAUAUUGAUUAAAGUCGUUUAAUUC